ACGUGCAAAGCCUUGUGAAAAAUAGAAAGAGGUUAUUUGUGUUUGUAAUGACAUUGCCUAAUGAAGAACUCACAUUUCACAUUUCACGUUUAAACGCUUCAUUUUCAUUUUCCAGGAUCAAGAACCAUCACAACUCCACACAACCAACAAGAACGAUGACCAAUUGGAGAUAGGAUCAGUCAACCGUUCAUUCCAAACCUCAUUUGAUAAUAAUUUGAGCCUCCCACACUGUGCGACAAUUACGAACCCUAGAAUACCAUUCCCUUUAUCUUUGUUUUCUAUCCUUUUCAUUUCCGUUCAUUGUUAUGUCAUUAUCGAGAGGAUACAUAAUAACAUUGCUUUGUUAGCUAUUGGCGCUGUUUCCUUUCAUUUUUUUCAGUUUCAUGUCAUAAUCUUGAAUUUUCUUUUCCCUGCUACUCCAUCAAUUAAUCAGUUUUUAGUGCAUACUAAGGAUCAAAUCCCAGGACAACAAGGAAUCUUUUCUGUUUUGUCUUUUUCCUUAAUCGUUAAUUUGAGUCGGGGAAAGAGUUGCAUUAAUCGUGAGAGAGAAUUUUUUGACAGUUUAGUUUCACUGGCCUGCUCCUGUGUGUUCCGCAUAAUGUCCAUAUCAACGGGUGAGUUUUAUGGGUUAAGAAUCAGGGUGUGCUUGAGAUGUGUGAAGGUUUGAAAGGGGCAAAGGAAUUUGCUAAUGGCUGCUAAUCAUGAUUGAUAGUAUUACCUACAGGGGAAAGAUGUCUGUGUUGGUUAUUGUGGUAUAUGCAUGAUGCAUCAACCAGGGGAGGAAGUUUUGUCGGUGUGUAACAUUGAAGCUAGUCGGUAGAGUUCGCCUGAUUUAAUGCCACCCUCUGUGAAGGUCAAGUCGGAGGCAACGUUGGAGACUGUACAGGAGAUUGCCGUCUAUCUUCAUAGGUUUCACAACCUUGACCUUUUUAAGCAGGGAUGGUAUCAGAUUAAGAUUACCGUGAGAUGGGAGGACAGUGAAAACGUAUGUUUCGGUAUUCCAGCAAGUGUUGUUCAAUAUGAAGUUCCUCCUGAUCUGGAUCCUAGCAGCAUAUAUGGCGUAUGGAGGAUUGAUGACACAGAUAACAGUUUCUCAACGCAGUCUUUUCGAAUAAAAUAUGCUAGGCAGGAUGUUCAUUUGUAUUUGAUGAUCGUGUUCAACUUACGUCGUAAUAAUUUGGUGGAUUUAGCUACAACUGCUGUUAUUUUAAAAUUUGAGCUUAUAUACGCUCCCAUGACUGAGCAAGGUGUCGAAUUGGACCUUCCUCUGGAUGCUUCCUCUGCUGCUAUCCAUGAAUUCCGAAUACCUCCUAAAGCUCUUAUAGGAUUGCAUUCGUAUUGUCCUGUCCAUUUUGACGCUUUACAUGCGGUGCUUGUUGACGUAAGUGUACAUGCCAGUAUACUAAAAGUUGCCACUCAUUCAUUUGCAUCAAAGCUACCAAGCAAUUCUGCCAACACUGAAGUCAUUGCAGAUAAAAGCAGCGACGCUUCGAAUAAAGUAUGUUCUAAGACAUUAGAGUCUCUUUUUUUAUAA